UCAAACGUGAGAGAUUUUCAGAAAUUCAAGAAAUGCUACAUUUUCCACUUUAUAAAUCAUCAUUUCCAUAUAAUUUGCACGAGCUUUGCAAUCCAUCAUAAUUGAUUUCCGUCUUGUAUCUUCCCGCUUUGCAAAAUUAGUGCUAAAUGCAUAUUCCAGUCAAUAACAAUUUAUUUUUAACAGCAAGAUUAUAGAUCUGGAUUACCUACAUAUUAAUCACACAGUUGAUUCAUUCGGGGGGAAGAACCGUAAAAUCUCCGUGACGAAUGGGAAAAAAGAGCUGUAGCUAAAUGCGCUUGUAAAAAGUGUUGUUCUCAUUGCUUCAAUUUUUUGCAGAACUGAAAGAAGCACUGGUCAUGCUUGAGCCGUUCGUUUGGAAAAUAGAAUUAAAAAACAGUAUACAGAUACCCAGGAUGAACGCCUUGAUUGAAGCGACGCACAUAACCAGAUGUAUCGGAUCAGCCGCACUCACUCUGGCGUACAUAGCGCGGGGUGUAGCGGAUUGCUUCUAUUUAGAUAUUCAACUUAGACCCUGGGAUGUGGCGGCAGGAACGCUGAUUUUACGCGAAGCGGGUGGAACUAUUAUAGAUACGAAGGGUGGUGUUUACAAUAUUAUGAAGCCGAAUACUAUCGCAGCGUCAAACGAAACUCUAGCACGAAAAAUAUCUAAAUUAGUCAUCGACACUGAUUUAAAAACGCAAAGGAAAAGACUCCAGAGAACCUCAGACGCAAAGCAAUGACUCAUGCUAAUUGAUUUAAGAGCUGAGUGUAAAACAGCAGGAGGUGUGUCCCAGCAACUUGUAUUUAUCACGUAAUACGAGCAAAUUACCUAUAAAAAUCAGUUUAGAAAAGUUUCCGUUAAAAAGUCCCAUUGACGCAUUUACAGUCGUUAUACGAAGUCAAUCCCAUUGCGUUAACCAGUGUGCCAUCACAAUGUGAAAUGAAAAGCUUCCUUUCGAUCGAUUUCCCCGUCGUUGUUUAUAAAUAAAACAAAAUUAUUGUAAAGCGCAAUUUACUGUCAAAAUCAUUACGAACCUUUGGCAUCCAUCGUAUUAACGCACUGCGAAGAUAUAUUGAUAAUAUAACAAUAUAAAUUUUACAACAAUAAAAUUCGUCCCUAGAACCGUAUUUUACAUCAAAACAACGUUCCGGCAUAUUAUCGAUAUAAUUUUUCGUUAAGGAUUACGCAGCUUAAGAUUAAAAUUUUACACCGUACAAAUUUUACAAAUUUAUGGUAUUUGGUGAGUGUAAUAAAUGUCGGUAUCAUCAGUACUUACAACGUACUGAUAUAAUAUAAAAUGUGAUAUUAAAUUUAUAAAAUGACUGCUUUAAUUUGUUUUGUCACACAAUGUCAUAACGGGUGUGUAAAACAAAUUAUUUAUUCACAAACUAGAAAGAGAACGUAAAUCAUAGGCAGCACACAUCAUACAUAAAUGACUAUGCGUGUUAUACAAGAUUAGUUAUUUUCUUUUGCGAAAAAAUUUAUAACAGACAUAACAUAUCUACAGGUAUAAUUUGCGCUUUAU